UUAGUGAGUUUGUGAGUGAAUGCUUCAAAGAAGCUCUUAAAGAAAUCCAAAGAAAAAUGAUUUAAACAGAUUUUUAGCGUUAAUUCAAUCAAAAGCACGUACCCACGCACGCAAAUUCUAUAAUUUCAUCUAAUAAUCAGUUUUAUUACACUUUCAACUUCCACAAAAAAAGCGGAAAUGUCUUCGUCUUUAACGCAGAGAAGGCUGAAUUCAUCAUCUACAGAAGAGGCUGCUUCAACAGCAACAAACAAUAAUAAUGAUGUUGUCAGAGGCAAGGGAUCUGUAGUGGACAACCCCACCCAUGUGCAUGAGGCAGAUUUAAGUAAAAAAGAAAAAACAAAUCCUAUGGUUUUCGUGGUUUUCAUAUCGUUAUUGUUUGAUUUGCUGGCAUUUACCAUUAUAUUGCCGCUAUUACCCUCGCUGUUGGAAUACUUUAAGACAAAUGAUAGUUCCGGUUUAUAUGCUGUGUUAACUGAUCGCAUAAGAUGGUUUCAAGAAUUGUUGGGAGCACCCGAACGUUACAAUUCGGUAUUGUUUGGUGGUUUUUUGGGCUCCAUGUUUAGUUUUCUACAAUUUUUAGCCAGUCCCGUGGUGGGGGGUCUGUCCGAUUACUAUGGCCGUAAACCGGUUAUUGUUGUUUGUGCAACUGGUAUUGCAGCCUCUUACUUGUUGUGGGCCUUCUCACGUAAUUUUGCGGUUUUUGUUUUGGCCCGUUUUGUUGGUGGCCUUAGCAAGGGCAACAUAUCGUUGUGCAUGUCUAUUAUAACGGAUGUUUCCAGCGAAAAGACUAGAGGCCGUGGCAUGGCUUUGGUGGGUGUUGCAUUUUCAUUGGGUUUCAUUGUGGGACCCAUGAUCGGUGCUAUGUUUGCUAUAUUUUCAAACAAAUCUACUGGUCCCUGGUUUGUGUUACCCUCGUUGUUGGCCUUUGGUUUGGCUAUGGGCGAUCUAUUGGUGUUGGUGUUUUGUUUAAAGGAAACCUUGCCAAAGGAAAAACGCGUUAAAGAAAUCUCUUCAUCUCUCUCAUAUGCCUGGCAAUUGCUCAAUGUAUCAUCAAUAUUUAGAUUUGCUACAAUUAAAAAUGUGCCUCAAAAGCAAAUCAAAUCUCUACAAACUAUAGGACUGAUUUAUUUCAUCUACCUUUUCCUGUAUUCAGGUUUAGAGUUUACAGUAACAUUUCUAAUGUAUCAUAAAUUCGGUUAUACCUCCAUGGAUCAAGCUAAAAUGUUUUUAACCACAGGUAUUAUAAUGACCAUUUUACAGGGCUCGGUGGUAAGACGUCUUCCAGAACAGAAAGUUAAACAAUAUGCUGUCUUUAGUUUGUAUCUCUUGGUGCCAGCAUUUAUGUUAGUGGGUAUUGCCCAAUCGGCCUUGCUGCUAUAUAUGGGCAUGAUAUUAUAUGCCAUAUCUACUGCCUUUACUGUCACCUGCUUAACAACUCUGGUCUCAAAAUAUGGCAAUGAUGAUCAAAAAGGUUCUGUUUUAGGUAUUUUCCGUUCGUUGGGUGCAUUAGCCCGUGCAGUGGGUCCCGUUGUGGGUUGUAUAUCCUUUUGGUGUAUUGGCUCUCAAAUGACCUAUAUUUUAGGUGGCCUAUUUUUGCUCAUACCCUCAUAUGUUUUACAAAAAGUACAAUUAUAAUUUAUUCAUUUAUUUAAUUCAUAAUGUUU